CCUAUCCCAUUACGCACCCACCCCCGCCUCGUUAUCAGAACCACUCAUCCGCCCAUCUCUGGUGUUUCCGUUUCUUUCCUCCUUCCCAUCUUCCACAUCUAGGGAAGAUAUCGCUCACGCGCAAGAGACCGCCUGUAAGGUCGUCUCUACACCUACAGCUCAUCACCGUCCUCACAACGUCGUCUUUGGUCUAAUUGCGUCGUCUUGGUUCAAGGUUGACUCAUAUCUGCGCCACUUUGCCUCACUUGAUCUAUCACCUCCAUCAACCGCGAUCAAGUCAUUAUUGCACUUUCUGUCCAUUUGAAUCGCGUGAUCAGUCACCCGAUUCCCAUCACAGAAUAGCGAUAUACCAUGGCUCCUCAUCCAGUUUCGGCCCUUGGUAUGGCCCUCAACGGCAAAUCCGCAUCUGUCGACAUUCCAAAGCCGCGCGAUGCCUUGAAUGCUCGGGACAUCUUCACUGCUGUACCCGCCGCUUCUGGAAAGAAGCAACAUUCCGGCAUGUUGCUGACUCCUCCCAACUCCAUCUCUCCAAAUCUCCCUCCCCAUGGCCAUCAUGCCGGUCGUCAACCUCCUAUGUCGCCCAAGAUUGCCCAGGUCGAUUCCGACAUUGACCUCCAAGACGCGCCGGAUGAGAAACAACCCACUGCCCUCAGCGCUGAGGCUCUCGAUAGCCUAGGCGAUUUGGAUAGCGCUGGUGCCAUCACUCCUUCUAUGCUGGCCAAACAUCAUCUUCCUGAUGUCUUGUUGUCUCACGGACCCUUGGCCAUCAGACACAUCAUGGGCUACCUCACUACCUCUGUCCCGGGCUUCUCGCGCAUCACGUCUGCAAAAGCCCGACGCUUGGUGGUUGCUGCACUCGAGGGCAAGGGCACUGGCAUGGAUGGAGCUGGUCGUGAUAAUGACGUCCUGUUCGAAAAAGUUGGCUGGGGACGCUGGGACGCCCGUGUCAAAGGACAACUUCCACGAGACCGCCCAGGGUCCGCUCUUACUCCUCCAGGCAGUCUUCCAUCCUCGUAUUCCCACGCUGGCCCAGGCCUUCAAGUACCCGGCCAACCGUCCUGGCGAACGGGCUCAGAAAAUCUAGGUACCAGUUUCGGCGGCAAUUCUGCUAUCUUCUCCCAUUCUGACAUGGAUUAUGAAGAUCAGGAUAUGCUGGAACAUGAAGCCGAUAAGAUGUCUCUCGACGGCCAUGACGACGGCUAUGUUUCCUCGGUUGCUGAAGACCCCCUAGAUGAGGAUCUCGGCGACGGGGAAAUCACCGACGAAGAAGAUUGGGGUGCAAUUGGAGCUGAAGCGCUUCGAGCUCGCUCACUGCCCAACAAUGCACGCACAGCCUCUGGACCUGGUCGAUUAUACCAGCCCAUUGCCACAUACUCCUACCAGCCGAGACAGCGAUCCAAGACGCCGGCUGAGAUUGCCAGGGCCGCACCACCACAAGCUAUCCCUGUCGCACCAUCUCGUAAUUUCUCCCUUCCAAAUGGCGCUGGCGUCAAUGAUUCUUCAGAACGAGCUGCGAUUGAGGCACUACUCAGUCUCGGCUCCAUGUAAUGAUGUUUUGCCUUUGUUUGGACCCGAUCACGAACUUGGGAGAUUUAGGCGUUGGUAUCUUCCUUUGUCGAGGACGAGCAUUUGUACUCCGGCUUCGACAAUCCUCCACUCUUUGGCAACGAUAUUCACCACUCAACCCACACCUGGUGACUAUCGACACGAAUUCUUGGCCUUUGGCCCCUUUUGAUAAUUGGUUCCCCGUCACAUCUUCCACCGAAUACCAACGAUUAUGACUACGGCUAAAGAAAAAAUUCCUAGCUAGCUUGGUCGGUGGACAGAUUUCCUUCUGGUAUAUUUUCCCCUAUGCUCCGACCACUCCGGAUUGACAACUCAUAUUGAGUGUCCUUUCAAGAAGAUGGUACGGUCAGGCUGGACCUCAAAUUGUCUAUCUCAUUUGUAAUACUGGUUCUUGCCGCCAACCCAGCGACUGGCGACUUUUCUCUGAAUGGGGAGAGGUUUGCUCAACCAAAUAUCGGGAUUGAGAAGAACGAAACGUGCAAAAAGCUAAUCGGCAGCAUGGCCAGGUCAUCUUUACUGAUUGCACCACGGCAUCUGCUUACUCUGUCAUAUUAACUUAUCGUACGGAGGGAUUGGUCCAUCUUUGCAAACACCCACUUCUACUGUCUAGGCGCGGUUGUCGCUAUCAUACCAUUCAAAUCAACAAGGAGAGGCUCAUGCAAAGUCAUGGCACAUUCCGAAACAUGGUGGAUUUCUUUUGUAUUGAACUCUGGUGAGAGAACAGGAGAUUGGAGAGAGAAGCUUGAGAAGGGUGGGUUGAUUUGGGAGCCCACGUGGAUGUUUGAGGGUUAAGGUAGCAAACGCACUAUCGUGGAAACAACUCGACAAGAAGGACCUUCCAGGAACACGGAGGUGGCCUGAGAUGGCACCGAGGACAGAGGUUUUGGUUGAGAGAUUCUUUUGUGUUUCGACGUUUGACUCGAUGUCGUUUGAAGUGGUUGCAGUGAAUCUGAGCAUGGGUGAAUGCUGAUGGACGUUCAAGAGACGCAAGUAGUCGAGGCCAGUUGUUGUCUCGUUCAUCACACUGAGCAACUCAACGAUGCUUCAUUAAGCCCUGCCUUGUUCCAGUUUUCUCGUCAGCUCGUAAUUCACGCUCAAGUAAAGAUGAGGGAUGGAUGUGUUGGCUGAUCUUGAUGGUUUGUGGCGUCUCGACUGCCA